AUGAGCGUAUGUGCGACCGUUUCAACUUCCCCUUCCCUCCCAAUUCUCUCUCUCUUCGCACAAAAGCCUGCGCCUCGAGAUUCCAACAGAAACACCAUCCUUAUCCCAUCACAAGAAGCAGUUUCUCUGGUAGAACUUUGCUAACAAUCAUGUCACAGUACGCUAAUAAGUCAGUCUCUCUCCUGCUCGGUGCAAAAUCCGCGCUGCAAUCGAAUCCUCCCACUGCCCGACGAGCGAUGAAAGGUCAAUGCUAACAUGAUGGGGAAAUAGUUAUGGUGCGCGAGGUGCAAACCCAUUCGACCAGAGAGAGGCUCAGUCUCCGGGAUACCAAAAUGGUCAAUAUGGGCAAUAUAACGCUCCAACAAUGGGACGGGAUGACUAUGGGGGUGAGUAGUCGGAAUUUGCUCCUCACAGGAUGGGAAUUGAUGAUUUCAUGCAGGUCAGAAUGUGGAAAUGGCACCCCUCGCACAGAACGGAGCUCAGGCUGGACAAGGUGGUCAGAGACAGGCCUUGGAAAAGUGUACCGCCAUCAACGACGAGAUUGAUUAUCUCGAGAAGACAGAAUUACCGGCCCUGAGAAUGAUCCAGCAAUCAUCUCUGACCAGUGCUGAUCCCGCUUCCACAAGCAGCGCUCUGGACGAGAAAUCCGCAAGCAUCAUGGCCCGAUAUCGCGAGUUGGUGAACGAGGUUCGAAUGCUCAAAUCCAGCCCACAAUCAGCCGAACUCCGACCAGUUGGUCAAGUGGAUCGUAGACUGAAGGCUGCUAUCCAACAAUACCAAUCUAUUGACAAUGAUUUCUCCAAAAAGUCCAAGGAUCAGAUGGCUCGUCAAUUUAGAAUUGUGCGCCCUGAUGCAUCAGAAGCAGAAGUUCGUGAGGCAGUAGAGGAUCCAAAUGGCGGACAGGUCUUUUCCCAGGCAAUGAUGCAGAGUAACCGACAAGGUCAAGCUCAAUCCACACUGAACGCAGUCAAGAGCCGACACGAGGAAAUCCAGAAGAUCGAGCAACAGAUGAUUCAAUUGGCUGAAUUGUUCCAAGAUAUGGAUGUUUUGGUUCAGCAACAAGAGGCCGCCGUUGUCAACAUCGAGAUGAAAGGUGAGGAAGUCGUUGACAAUAUGGAUAAGGGUAACCAGGAAGUCGGAGUUGCGAUCCAGAGCGCAAAGAACGCACGAAAAUGGAAGUGGUGGUGUCUCGGUAUAUGUGGUAUGUUUUGGACUUGGAAAGUCUUUGUUGAAAUUUCGCUAAUGUUGCUAUUUCUCAGUAUUGAUCGUUAUUGUCAUUGCUGUCGCCAUUGUUGCAAAGGUUGCCGCCGAUGGAGGAUUCAACAAAAGCCCUGCUCCAGCCGCGACUCCAGCAGCAGCCAAAAGAUGGGAACUUCCUGUAAACCACCGCGUCGUCUCUAAAUACUCAGGAAACGGUAAGAGAGAGCCAAUGGUUGUGUCAGACGACUGGCAACCAACACCAAAUGAAAAGCGAAUCGUUGUAUCAGACGACUGGACUCCAACACCAAAUGAAAAACGAGAGGUUGUAUCAGACGAUUGGUCUCCAACACCAAACGAAAAGCGAAUGGUCGUCUCGGAUGACUGGCAGCCAACAAACGAAAGAAGAGAGGUUGUAUCAGACGACUGGUCUCCAUCAACAAUAACUAAGAGAUCCCGCAGUUUCCAGGCAUAGGAAAUUUUGCGUGUAUAAGAUUGCCUUUUGUCUUUUUUUCCUUUCCAACUCUA